UCGGUACAGUUAAGAAAUCCCCAGCAAAACAAGACUUCAUUUCGCCAUCGCUAAAACCCCAAAACUGAACGAAAGAUGAAAUAAAAGCUUUGUUUUCUGGGUGACUUUGCCACUUUUUGUUUGCCACAAAAGCGUCUCAACACUUGCUCGUGAAUGGCUGCUUGUGUUCAAGAUGUAAUCUACUAGUAAGGCCGAGGCUCUAUAUAAUUAGCGCGCGUGCUCUGUCUGGAGGCUCUUAACGUUACUCGUCGACAUCUCUUACAGCUUCGCUUCAAUAGGAGCGAGAACCAGUGAGAUAAGAUCUCAGAGCACGUCACAGUUUUUGAUCAGGGAGCGAUUUCUAAAAUCUUCUGGAACAUCUCGCGCACUGUAGAUGCGAAAGCAUUAGCGUGUGAGAAAAUGACCCAGAGCCAAUUUAGACGUUUUAGGCCCGUCAGCUCCAUUGCUGAGCAACUUGAUACUGGUGUUGCUACAUUGCACCCACAACCCCCACCUGAGAGGAGCUCUGACCCAGACAGAAGAGAUUUUGGGAACAUCGGUUACCCUCUUCAGUAUGUCCACAUGGGACUGGGUCCAAACCCUCAAACUAGGAGAAUCCCGUUUAGAUCAACCACAGUCCCAGAUGACACGUGGAACAGAUUGUGGGCACAGUGUGUGAAACGACACACAGGUGUUGUACUGCCCCCACUGUCUCAAUCGAAGAAGCCCAGGAUGCCACCACAGAAGACGCCCUGGGCGGCACGACCAAAUAAGAGCGCAUGGGAGAAGCAGCAUUUAUUAUAUUAUAAUGGUGAGGAACAUCAGACUGCCCAGCAAUACACUGCGGACAUAAGAGAACGUGCUCGUAAAGAUGUUGCAGAUCUUCACAAAGAGGGUGUAAGUCAGAGAAAAGAAAUAGAAAUCAAUGAUAGAAGGAGAAAGAAUUGGGAACACGAGGAAGAAGUAAAGAAGUGGAUGGAAACACACAACAUCUUAAUUUCCUCGAUGGAGUCCGCUAGUGCUUCAAUUCAGACGGUUGAAGCAGAGUCUCAGAGUGUGGUCUUUGCCCUUCGUGAGAAAGACAAUGACCUCAGGACAUUGAAUGGAAAAAUAGAAGACCUUGAAAUUGAAGUUGAGAUUCUUCAAGAGGGCUACAAGAAAAUAGACGAGUACACAGGUCUCUUGGAACUUGUCCCGCCUGAGCUGUGGGAAACGGUCAUGAGGAACAUAAAGGACAUCCAGAUUAAGGCAAAAGGCUUUGAACUGUUGCUGGAGACGGAUCUGGAAUACACCGAGCUCUGUCUUCAUGAAGAAAGAGGGAAAAUGCUGCUGCUGAAAAGCAUACAAGAUAAGAUGGCCUCACUAGCUAUGCAGCAGAAGAUCAUAUCCAGGAUUAUCAUGACCAGGAAGGAGAUAAUCGAGCGGCUGAAGCUGGAGGUGUGCAUCAUCUCCCAACAAAAGGAGGAGCACAACAAAAGGCUAAAAAUGUUCAAGGGUAAAUUAGAGAGCCUAAGAGGUUCAUUAAAGGCUCUCAAAAAGAGGGACAUGGACCUUGUCAAGACCAUCACAGCGUAUGGUUAGGUCCUUGUUGAUUUCCAAAUGUUUCCUUUAAGCAACAAAGAAGAAUAAAAAUAUAAGUAUAUAUAAACAAGAUGUUUAUUUGGUAUUUCACAGUCCAAACUGGCUUUGGCUAAUGAAAACAAUAACUGUAACAAUCUGAAAUUAAAUGUAGUAACUGCACAAUAAGCACAUUCAAUCCAAAGAUGGUACAGAUAAUUAGCAUGAGCAUUUAGCUUUUUUUGUUUAAUUGGGUUGAAACUACAUAAAACCUUCCAUAAAAAUGAAUACAUCAACUGUAUUCAUAUGA